ACCUUACCAGAAUGACUUGUAUUGAAUAGCAAACGUUUCGUUAAAUUUUCGUUCGUCCAUCUGUCAACUCGGUUUGUUCUUCGAUCGUUGAAAACAAAAAGAAUAGCGCACGACAUUGUCAUCCUCUUGAAUACUCAUUCUGUUAGAAUCACAACAUGGAAAUCGACGAGGAAGAGUUUGAGCAACCAACAUCCAGCAGCAACCGUGGUGAGCGGAAGCGUUUUGAAGUAAAAAAGUGGAAUGCCGUGGCUUUGUGGGCUUGGGAUAUUGUUGUGGACAACUGUGCUAUUUGUCGUAAUCAUAUAAUGGAUUUGUGCAUCGAAUGUCAAGCAAACCAAGCUUCAGCCACAAGCGAGGAAUGUACCGUUGCCUGGGGUGUGUGUAAUCAUGCGUUUCACUUCCAUUGCAUUUCACGUUGGCUGAAAACACGACAAGUAUGCCCAUUGGACAACAGAGAAUGGGAGUUCCAAAAAUAUGGUCAUUGAUCAACGAACUUUCUUUUGUUUGGUUUCGGUAUUGAGCACUUUACUUCAGCUUUGAUACGAUAAACAACCGAACUGUUAAUUACAUGAGCUGAAUUUGGAACGAAAUAUGAAUCAAUAAAAAAUUGAACCUUAUAAAUUAAA